UUAGUUUAACAGGCGUUAGGUAAAGCCCUGCGACGGUUCGCUGGUAUCAGCAAGGAUAUACUCGACUAAAGCCACAGGCGCACAGCAGCAACGCACGCUAGCUGUGCCAAACACGUUUAUUCUUAUAUCGCUGUUGGGGCUUGACAUCCAUGUCGCUGAACGUUCUGCCACGAGGGACGUCGCUACCAUUAUCUGUGUUUCCAUGUCGCCCUUGGAGGCCAUGCUCGCUACGCACCUGCAUUGCAAAGGUACCCCGGGUGGCCCCCACAGCCGAACCGCCAAGGAUCACCGUGCGAACGCAAGCUGUGCGGGGAAGCAGGGCAGGCGGAAGCGGCGGCCGCAGCUCUGAACCCAACGGCGGGUGGACGAGCGUCACCAUAGAUGCCGGUGCCGGCUCCCUCAUCAACAAGUCUAUCAACAAGGAGCUCCUUCGGUGUAAGAGUGUGGCUGAGCUUGGCGACGUCUUCACGUCCAAUGAGGCCGAACUGGACCCCAUCAACGUUGCAACUGCCUGGAUGCAGCUGGGAAAGCUACAUGGCAGCGGAUGUGGGAAACAGGAUGCGUGCAAUGCGCUGGGACAGCGUAUGAUGGGCAAAACGCUGGCAGUGGCGCACCGCAUGCAGCUGCGGGAACUGAGGUCCGCGCUCUGGGGAAUGGCCAAGGCCAGCUUCGCCCUUGAUAAACAUCCCCUUGGACCCUACUUUGCGGAGGCUGCAGAACAAAUCCUGUCAGGGCUGGUAGCGAAGAAUGAAACUUGGUUUGGCAUGGACGCUUCAAUGGUUUGGUAUGCCCUUGGCCAUAUGCCGUAUCCGUGGGACAAGGAGCUUUUGGGCUCCAUUGCAAGGAAGACUUUGGAAGGAGUGGAUAGUUGGGAGGGCCCCAAGGUACUCGCGCAGUGCAUCAUGGGUAUGGGCUCCAAUGCAGUUACCCUAACUGCCAGCGAAAAAGGCAAAGUAGUCCAGGCGAUUACUCGGAUCACGCACAACAAGAAUGAUAAACGGGAGCUCUGCCGGGCUCUGGAGCUCGUCCUGUCUGGAGCCCACUUUCUUGACGUAGACCUCCCGUACGACACUGUAAGGCACCUGCACGACACAGCUCUUCAGAUGCCUGUUCCGUACGCCCAGGAGCUUCAACGCACCAACUUCGCAGUGAUUCUCCAUCGUGCCUGCCAGAUGGGCUUCCAGCCAACCCCUGAGGAGGCCGAGUCGUGGUGCAGACGGCUAAUCGGUGACUUCGGUCCGAACUGGACGGGCAAGGAGCUCACGUGGACCAUGUUUGCCAUCUCUUCCGUCCGAGGCUACAGACCACCGCCUGACGUGUUACAGCGCCUUCGAGCGCAGCUGCUGACAACACGCAAUUAUGAUGAGGAAGAUGUCACCCGUGUGAAGAUGGCCAUGAAAGCCUGGAACCUGCGGAUGACAGACGCUGAAGUGAAGGCGCUACGUGUGCGAUAGGUGGGCAUGCUGUUGAGGGGGAGGUAGCUAUGGAGGGGCAGGGCCCCUUUGGCACGGAUGCCCCGAGGCAGCAUAAUGUUGUUGUUUUAUAUUCCUUGUGUAGUUGUACUACUAUUAGACGCCUUAGCAACCGGAAAGAGUUCAGACUCUUUUUACUAUCCUAUGCAUGCAUGCAUGCGAGGGGUUGCUUGCAUAAUCCAUAAUGCGUCCCUCUUGUAUUUGCUUAGUAGCCAUGCUUGUGCCUCCCGUCAGGUGUGUUUGUCCACAGCCGAUGGGCACACCCUAUAUGGUAACCUAGGUAGGGGAUGUCAGGCUUACUCGAAGCGUGUUGUGUCAUUUUGGUAGGAGUCGUCGGAGAGAGUGGUGCUGUGGAGGAUAGGUUAGCCGGGUGAUUGUACUAGCACCUCUAGUAGUGGUGGUGUACGGACACAUGCAUGUUCAGUGAUUGCCGUACAGGCUUUGACGACCCUUACGGCUGUUAGCAUGGACACAAACAAUGCACAUAUACGCACGUGAAGUCGAAUGGCAAGUAAUAAGGUGGUUCUUUAAAUGUUGC